AUGAUCGUGUGUCCAACCGCACCGUUUGUUGUUCCGCGACAGCUAUUGCAAGUCAAACAAGACCAAUCGGCGCUAUUUAAGACUCUUCCGAAUGAGAUAUUGCUCGAGAUCACGUCCUAUAUCGAGGUUGAAGACACUUGCAAAUCCUUAUUCUAUCGUAUUUGUCUAUCUGCCAACUUCCGCAUUCUUUCGGCUAGUGGCCAUAGGCACCGUGACCUGGAGUUCUGUGCACAUCUCAAGAACCUACUCAAGCGCAUGAGACCCCUGACCCCCAAAGGUCUACCCAAACGAACGAUGGCUAUAUGCUGCGAUUGUGUUCGAUAUCGACAUAAGCGAGUGGCAUACUGGAAGAAGAUAAUAAGCAAGAAAAACCUACGAUCUUUGGAUCUGUGUGCUGCCAACGAUGCAGCAGAGUCUUGGUGCACAGGAGAAUCGAUGCAGUGCCCAAGAUGUUGGUUUAGGGUCGAGUCAUAUUACAUUAUGCGUUGA